AUGGUUUUUUUUGGGGGGGUUCCAAUUUGUCGCGGCCCCGUCGCCCACCCCUGCGGCCCCGGCGCCGCCCUUCCCUACCUCGGCGCCGCCUCUGCUGGCCCCGUCGCCUACCCCUGCGGCCCCGGCGCCGCCCUUCCCUGCCUCGGCGCCCCCUCUGCUGGCCCCGUCGCCUACCCCUGCGGCCCCGGCGCCGCCCUUCCCUGCCUCAGCGCCGCCUCUGCUGGCCCCGUCGCCUACCCCUGCGGCACCGGAGCUGCCCUUCCCGGCCCCGACGCUGCCUCUACUGGCCCCGACGCCGCUCCACCCGGCCCCGCCGCCGCUCCACCCGGCCCCGCUGCCGUCCCCACGCGGCCCCGCCGUCACCACCGAGCCGCCGGCGCCGCCUAG